AUGUUCUCGCUUAGCACUUUACUUGAAUCCAACCGGCUUCAAGUCAAGAAUCUUGAAGUUGCCGUUAAAUAUGAAAACUGGGCAGAAGUAGAAAAGGCAUGGGGUGGAAGACUGACAGCCCCUCCCAGCAGUCAACAGUUCACUCCAUUGCAAUGGCCGCAUUCCGAGAAAGAACCCCGUUAG